AUGGCCCACGAACCACCCUCCCUCUCAAACCUCAUAUCCUCCUACCCUAUUCUUUCCAGCCUCACCGAGUACGUCUCGACCUUGGAUCUUUUCCAUCUAGCCCUCACAAAUCGCUCCAACCACGCGUCUAUCCUUGGCUCCCCCGUCAUCUUCAACCGCCUUAAGCGCUCGUGUCUCUGCGACGGCCGCGGCCUGGCCAGACGCCAGAACUUCACCGGCCCGCACCGCAUCCACUACUGGAAGCUCAAGCUCAAGCAGGAGCCCAGGAUCGACUUCGAUGAGCCCAUCGAGGUGCGGCUGUUCAACCUCAAAUGCGACGAGACGGGCGCCCUGCCGUGCGUCAGGUGCGGCAUCAACAUUUGCGAAGAGUGCAGGGACUACCCGCGCUGGCCGAACCGCUCCAUCUACUCCUUUGGCCGGCCGCAUCUCAAUGAGCCGUGUCAGUCUUACAAUGUCAUGUGCUUGUGCCCGCCGUGCGACGAGAAGCAGGAGAAAGAGAUUGAGGGGAAGUUUUUGAAUGAGAGGUGUGACUGUAACGUCUACAGCCGUUGGAUCUGCCUGAAAUGUGCCAGAGAGUUCGACCGCGAGGCGGGCAGGUAUUACAACGAGCACACUGAGUUUGAGGGGGGCUGGGCGGAGGACGAUUCGGACGAGCCCAUCACCAAACUGUUGCAUGAUCAUCAACAUGAUCGCGCUUUCUGGUGCAAAUGUGGCGCUACUGUUCCUGACGAGAUCGAUCCCAGGUGUAUGUGGUGUAAGCGCCGUCACCGGCCCGAGGUAGAGUGGUGGAAUGAGGCGACAGAGUUGAAAAGGGCCGGAACUUCUGGAAAUCCCUUCUACGACCUCGGUUACCCCAACUGGGUGACUGAUGACGAUGGGAAGUAUCCCACUCCCUAUCCGAAGCUGGGUUAUGACCGACCCGGCGAAGAUUCUCCUGCACCUUUGUGA